GCGUGCACGAAAGUUAAUUACCCCACUAUCAGCUUCAGUGGGCGUGACAAAGAUUUAAGCCGCUUAAAGUGAAUGCAACUUAGCGAGAAUGCCCUCAGAGUUAGAUUGAUCCUGCUAGUACGCUGGCCCUACUCGUUUACUCAGCUGUUAGUUGUCUGAAGCGGAACUGUUUCACAUUAUUACUGAUGGGGCCAUUUAUUAGCAGAGCAGGAAAUAUUUUGGAUACAAAGUAUAAUCCCUCAAGGCAUUUUGUCCAUUUCAACUCGACAUUGACCCAACUACCAAGGCUGCACUGCAGCACAGCAGCUGGGAUUAACGGUAACUAAAUCAGUGCCCGGAAUCAGUGUACAUAGUAAGAGUUAGCAGACUUUGAAGAGGGCUGUAUUAACAACAGAUUGUCACAAUGAACGACCCCGGCCAUGUGGAAAUUGGACUGAACGAAAAUGAUGUCAACAAAGUUGUGUACUAUGGCUCGCAAGAACAGUCGCCACAGAAUUCCCCUGCACACUCUGUUGCUUCCAGUGACGAUGAUCAGCGCCCUCUAGUGAGUGGAGGACAGAGUCCCCUGGAGAGUGGACCAAGCCAAGAGGAGCCCACUUUGCUGUCAGAAUCCAAUGAAGAAGUUAAACCCAUUGAGAAACUUAGCAGUGUGCCUGCUGCAGUUCUUAAUGUAAUUAACUCUAUCAUUGGAUCAGGAAUAGUGGGCAUGCCAUUUGCAUUAAAAGAAGGUGGUAUAGGAAUGGCUGUUCUACUCAUCAUAGUAGUUGGAGUCCUUACUGAUUAUUCCUUACAACUUCUUAUAGCAGCUGGCCUGCAGUCCAAGACAUCAACAUACCAGGAUGUAAUGCAGGUGGCAUUUGGUCGUCCUGGCUUCUAUCUUAUCUCUCUGCUUCAGUUUGCAAAUCCUUUUUUAGCCAUGACCAGCUACAAUAUCAUAGCAGGGGACACCAUUGAGAAGAUUGUAUACAGGACUGCUUCUGAAUCUGUGAAGAAUUCCGUCCUGGGUAACAGACAGUUCAUUCUCUUCUUGUUUACAAUAUUUAUCUCCAUGCCUUUGUCUUGCUACAGGAACAUAGCUAAACUCAGCAAGUUUUCUGCCUGUGCUAUCCUCUCUAUCAGUUUUGUGACUGUGUUUAUAAUGGUACGUGCUGUGACUAUGGCAAGGGAAGUGCCCAAAACAGAUGAUGCCUGGAUAUUUGCUGAAGAUGGAAUCGUGCAGGCAAUGGGUAUAAUUACUACUGCUUACCUUUGCCACCACAACUCAUUCCUCAUCUUCCGUUCCUUGAAAGAACCAACUCAGCAGUGUUGGAACAAAGUGGUCCACAUCAGCGUUGGUUCCUCCAUGGUGGCCUCUCUGGUGUUUGGCCUGUUUGGGUACAUCACAUUCACGGGAUAUACCCAAGGGGACUUAUUAGAAAACUACUGUUACUCUGAUGACUAUGCGAAUGUAACAAGGCUGAUAUUUACCUUUAGUGUUAUGCUGACUUAUCCAAUAGAAUGCUUUGUUACAAGAGAGGUGAUAGAAAAUCUGCUGUUUGGUGCUAAGCAACCUGCAACCCUGCUACGCCAUAUGCUAGUGACAUUGGCUCUUGUCCUAGCAACAGGGGGAAUCUCCAUGGUGACUAACUGCCUAGGGAUUGUCUUGGAGUUGAAUGGUGCGCUAGCUGCAAUACCAAUGUGCUUCAUCCUGCCAUGUUUGAGUUAUAUGAAGAUUUCCCAUGAUAACGGAGACAAAAUACUCCAAAUAAAAAAUAUUUUCCCAACCAUAGUAGCCAUCACCGGGAUUGCAUUUUCUGUUGUUGGGCUUGUCUUGGUUCUUAAAAGCAUCGUGGAUGGGUCCGCAUUUCGGUGUAGUGAUGCAGAGGAAAUGGGUUACUGUUAUGACAUUAACCAGGUGCGGAAUAGCUCUUAUGUUUCAACUGAGGCUUUGAUUGAAUGGUCAAAUUCAACAAAUAAGUAAUAUAUAUAUAUAGACUGUUUGUAUUAUAGGGAAGAGUAUAAUUCUUGACAAAUAUUGCUCUGCACGUUAAGAAAGGAAAUGAUGCUAAACUGAGAAAACUUGGAGCUGGAGAGUAUAAGGGAGGGAGGAGUUGGAACUGGAGCCCCUUCAAGUGAUAUGUAGUUGGACCUGGGAUUAAUAGUUGAAUGGCAAAUUAUAUACUUGUAAAUUUAUAUAUACAUAUUUAAAUGGACAACGAGAUAACUAAAUUCCUGAUUAGACACUUAAUAGAUUCCCU